AUGCUGAAUAAGGGAAAGGUGACAGAAGAUAUUGAAUUGAAGCUUUUUAAGGACGUGUUUGAGCCUAAUUUGACCAACGGAGUGAAUUCGGCAGGGUGGAACGCACACUCAGAGACACGCUCCCCUUUAGUCAGUGUAAGGAACAAGAUCAAUCAGUUUGAGGCCCUGACGCAGAAACCCCAGGGUUUUGGUAAGAGCAUGAUGCCCCGACGGACCAUUUCUGUGCCCACCAGACUCAACACAGCCCAUGAUUGCUUUAUGAGUGAGUCGGAAAACGCAAGUGGAGUUACAAGUGAAAAGUGCAUGGAAUUGAAAGGCUUCAAGGAGACAAGUAGAAAAGCUGAUGAUAAAGCAGUCUCACUGCUGGACAGUACCUCUCCACUCACACGGACUGAAAAACCACAAGCAGCCAAAACCCCCGAAGCAGACCUUUCAACCCCCGCAAAUCCCUUCACUACCACUUCCCACAGCAAGCUCUUUCCAAAUAUCACUGACGGGGAGUCAAAAGGGAAGAAACACAUGUUGGACCUAGAUGCUUGGGUUGCUGGCUGGAAGGCCUGGAAGCAGGAUGAUUCUUUCGAGGAUCAUGAUGACGACAGUACACAGAAGGAUGAUGAUUCGUACGAUUCAGACUCUGGAGAGUCCUCAGUGACUAUCACCAGCAACAUGAGCGUGUCGGAUCGUAGGAGCUUCUCUCUCAGCCUGGCAGAAUUAUGUUACUUCACUGGAGCUGAGUCUGAGUCAGAGAAUGACAGUGACGAAAACCCAGUGAUGGACAGGAGGUCAGCUUCGCUAAGCUCUGAAGUGUCGGCACUGUCCUAUGUGUCUUUGUUGCCCAGUGAAGAGCUUGAAAAGCUGCUGGAGGAUGUCAGAAGUCUGGGAGAAAGCAAUCUGCAGGAAGAUUUGAAUGUGGUUGUCCUCCACAAGGAGAUGGCUGUUGGCCUAGGCUUCAGUAUAGCAGGAGGGGUCGACCAGAACAAACCAGUCGUUGUCCACAAGGUGUUUCCCACCGGUGUGGCAGCGCAAGAAGGCUCCAUUCGAGAAGGCGACCAGGUCCUAUCCAUUAACGGCACUUCACUUGGGGGUCACACUCACUGGGAGGCUAUGAGGGUCCUGAGGCGGGCCAAGACUCGAGAGAUGGGAGUGGUAGUGCUGAGGAAGGGUGACCUUAUGAACAUCUCUAAGGGGAAAGAGGGCCAGAAAGAGGGAUCAACACUAACUCAGACUUCAGAAACUGGUCAAUGUAUACGUGUGCUUCUGGAGAAGAAAAGCCGUGAUCUAGGCUUCAGCCUGGAGGGUGGAGUCGGUCUGGGUGACAAACCACUCACCAUACAGAAGAUAUUCCAAGGGGGUCCAGUGGACAAGAUUAGUCCUGGUGACCAGGUGAUGGAAAUUGAAGGUAUGAGCACGGUGGGGAUGAGGCGUCUGGAGGCCUGGACUUUGAUCCGAAGACUCCCUUCCGGACCAGUGGAUGUGGUAAUACGCCGGCCCCGUAAAGCCUCUGAACCAUAA